CACUGGAACAGGCUUCGUUGACUGGCGGCAUACUCUAGAAAAUGAUACAAACUGGGCUGAUAUCGAACGCGCACAGCGACCUGGUGACAGACGCGUCCUAUGAUUUCUACGGCCUCCGCCUCGCCACCUGCAGUCUCGACCAGCGGGUCAAGGUCUGGCAGCUUGACGAAACCACGGGUUCAUGGUCGCUCGAGCAUGACUGGAAGGCGCACGACGCCGCGAUCUCAAAAGUGAGCUGGGCGCACCCCGAAUUCGGCACGAUCCUCGCCACCGCGUCCUUCGACCGCACCGUCAAGGUCUGGGAGCAGGUCUCCGCCGCAGCCCCGGACGCGGACGGCGGCGCGUCGUCCAGCGCGUCCGCCUCGCGCUGGGCGGAGCGCGCGAUGCUCGUCGAUGCCAAGGGCACCGUGCGCGCCGUCGAGUUCGCCCCAUCUCACUUUGGCUUGAAGUUGGCAACGAUCUCGUCGGACAACUGCCUGCGCAUAUACGAGUGCCUCGAGCAGCCUUCGCUCGCCGCGUGGCAGCUCAUCGAGGAGGUCGACGUCCUCUCGCUCCCCAUUUCGGCGUCGCCCGCCGCGCGCUCUGUCGCGCAGACGCUCUCGCUAGCCACGCCCACGCAGACCGCCUCUGCGCCGCUCGACAGCGCGUCGGUCUCGCUCGUCGCGCACGCGCUCCAGCAACAGGCCGCGCAGAACCAAAAUCAACUGCCAGGGAGACCGGGCUUGGGCACGCGCGAGGCGGAUGGCGGCUGGUCCAUAUCGUGGUGUAAAGACAAGUACUGGGGUGAAAUCAUCGCGGCGGGGUGUGGCAUCGACGGUAUCGUGAAGAUCAUCCAAGUCACCCCUUCGCGCCGACCAUCAUCACUGCUCAGCCUCAACCCCGCGCCCGCGUCCUCCGCGCCCUCGGCCUCAGAUCCGUCUAUCAAAUCACCCGCGGCAGCAACACAUGGGUCCAGCGGCGCAGGAUCAGGCGACGGGUGGACCGGGGCGAAGACGUGCGCGGUGACGUCCAUCGCGUGGGCGCCGUCGUGCGGCCGCUCGUACCACCUCGUCGCGACCGGCGCGCGCGACGGGCACGUGCGGAUCUGGCGCGUCAAGCCGCCCACGCCGAGCGAGGACCUCGACGCUGGGGCGGAGGAGGGCGACGGCGCGCAGUGGACGGCGAGCAUUGUGGGCGACUUUGACGACCAUAAGUCGGCGGUGGGGCGGGUGGAGUGGAAUAUCACUGGGACCGUGCUCUCUUCAGCAGGAAACGACGGUCGGGUCCGGUUGUGGAAGAUGACGGCAGGGAACGUGUGGCGACCCGCAGGACACAUCAGCGUCGAACAGGCCGAGGAGCAGCAGGGCGACGUCGACAUGGGAGACGUAGCGGUUGACGACUAAGACACUGGUCUGUGUUGCUUGAAGGACUGUCUCUGCUCAUCGCGCGAAGCCUGAUAUUAACCCCACUGUAACAGUGUGUGCUAGAUGUACUUACCUGCAGUUGUCGAACUGUACGCUACGAAUGUAGACGAUGGUAA